CUUUCGAGAACACCAGCUAGCGUACGAUCAGAACAGCGAGAUAAUUGAAUAGCAGCAGGCACAGACGACCUACAUGGCAGAGAACCUGAAGCCCGUAGCCUUCCUCCUGCUGCUAAUCAAUUUCUGCAUGUUCAUCAUCCUCGCCAUAAUCGGCGGCUGGGCGGUCAACGUCGCCAUCGAACGCGGCUUCAUCAUAGGCCCCGAGCUGCGGCUUCCGGCGCAUUUCCACCCGAUAUUCUUCCCGAUCGGCAACUUCGCCACUGGCUUCUUCGUGGUGUUCUCCCUGAUCGCCGGCGUCGUCGGCAUCGCCUCCGGAAUCGUGGGCUUCACCCACCUCCGCUUCUGGAACUACCAUAGCCUGCAGCCCGCGGCGGCGUUCGGUGUCCUUGCGUGGGCGCUCACCGUCCUAGCCAUGGGGCUAGCUUGUCAGGAGAUCUCUUUUGACCGAAGAAAUGCCAAGCUGGGAACCAUGGAGGCCUUCACCAUCGUCCUGACAGUGACGCAGUUCUUCUACGUCCUCGCGAUCCACGGGGGAAGGCACGGAGCCGUCCCCGUGGAACGGCGCGGAGCCGUCCCCGUGGAACGGCGCGGAGCCGUCCCCGUGGAACGGCGCGGAAACUUGGCAUGA